CAGCUCAAGAGUCAAAGGAUGAAAGGAAAAUGAAAAGCUAUAUACAUAAUAAACACCUUUUGAUUUAUUCAGAGAUGAUCCAUGCUGGAUAAACAUUGAGAAAAUAAAAUGUAUCUAUACUUUUCAUAGACGCAUUGUGUGUAGUAUUGUACAGGGAAAUACAAAAAGUGAUAUAAAGUUAAAUACUAAAUAUAUCUACGAAGGAAUUGAACUACAAACCUUUGAUGAAACAGCCUGUGUAAGGUCCUUUGUGAAAACUUCUGGAGCCAUCUUGGUGUAAUCGGUGCAAACACCUGUGCAGAGAAUAUUUGUCAGCUUUAAUUGCAGUGAAUAUCAUGUUUCAAUAUUGUUAUAAAUUAGUCAAACAGUGCCACACAGUGUCAGUUUAUGGGAAUACAGUCAACCUGCAUCUUCUCUUACCUUUCCUACAAAGUUGAAGAGGAUACUAAAUGGAGUUUGCUGCUGGCCUGAGUAUUUGCAAACUAACACUAUACAUGUCAGCACCACCGUGACGUAGACAGCGAACAGGGUGAGGAAAUCCAUCUCACCUGGGGGCUUCAGAGAGACGAUACAACAGGCGUUACUGGUGCAAAGUCAACACGAACAGAGCUCCACACAAUGCAACACGGCAUCACAGGACACCUGUUGGGUCUGGUUGCUGACAUGGCCCGACACUCAUAUUACAGCUCUCGGUGCCGGAGAGGAAAGCUUUACUCUGGAGCUCUACAUCUAUGGAUGCUGUUUAAAAAGUCCUCAGCAUGCCGUCGUCCAACCAGGGCUGGCCUGAGGAGUUUGGCUUCCUGCUGGGCGGCAAUGGCCCCAGCUACAUCCUGUCGGUGGAGGAGGGCAGCAGCGCUCACCUGGCCGGGUUGCAGGCGGGGGACCAGGUCCUGGAGAUCGAGGGCCACAAUGUGUCAACGCUGGGCCCCCAAGCUGUCGUGGCCAUCGCCCAGACUCAGAAGAACAUCCCUCCCAGCAUCGGAGUGGUGUCCCGCAUACAGCAGAUGGACAUCAUACCGGGUCCGGACGGUCGUUUUGGGUUCACCAUCGUAGGAGACUGCCCCCUGCUGGUGGAGGACUGCUCGCCCUGCUCUCCGGCGGGCCGUGCAGGUCUGAAGGCGGGGGAUUACGUCAUGGAGGUGAACGGGAUCCCCGUCCGGCAGCACGAGACGGCCGCGGCGCUGAUCAAAGCCUCGCAGGGCCGGACGCUCCGCCUGGGGAUUCUGUGUCUCGGCCCGUGGCAGAAACACAGCAUCAGCAUAGAGGACAGUCAGGUGGGAGGAGAGGGAGCGAGGCUGGACCGCAAACACAAAGCUCUGGAGUUCAACAGGAGGGUGGAACAGAUUCUAGGUGAUGAACCCGAAGUGAAAGAGAAGCUCUUCACGGCUCUGAAGCAGUACGCAGCGGAGAAGAGAGUGGAGUGGUUGGCCUCGGUGCUGCCAGACAUCCUGAACACUGAAGAGCACCGACAGCUCAUCUCCAACAUCCGAAUCUUCAUUCCCAAGAAACACCGGCAGCGUUUCGACGAGUCCGUGUCCCAGAACGUGAUCAACCGGCUCUGUCGCAGCAAGAGCAUCAGCGAGCCGCAAGGAAGGAUCCGGAGGAGUCGGAGCGAGGAUCAUUCGGACCGGCACCACGGGUCCAAACGGGCCAGCUCGGUGCCAAGAGAUGGGGAACCAGGGGGGAAAGGGGAGACGGAGAGGGAGAGGGACCGGGGGGUAAGGAAGUCCAGCUCGGGGAUACCGCCACAUCCCCCCCUCGGACCCAAUCAGAGGAUCGUUCGUGUUUAUCGGGGGAAGAAGAACUUCGGCUUCACGCUGCGAGGCCACGCCCCCGUCUGCCUCGACUCCGUGAUCUCAGACAGUCCUGCGGAGGAAUGUGGACUGAAAACAGGCGACCGCAUCCUCUUCCUGAACGGACUGGACAUGAGGAACUGCUCCCAUGAGAAGGUGGUGUCCAUGCUUCAGGGCAGCGGGGCGAUGCCCACUCUGGUGGUGGAGGACGGGCCGUCUGAGUUCUCCUCAGAACAAAACGACCCAGAGGAAUCCCCGAGCCGAGCCCUCACCACCAUGCCUCGCUCCAGGUCUCCAGCCCUCAGCUCUCUGCAGUGGGUCGCAGAGAUCCUCCCCCCGAGCAUCAAAGUCCACGGGCGGACCUUCAGCCAGCAGCUGGAGCACCUGCUCACCAUCCAGGAGAGAUACACCGUCUGCAAGUCCCUGGAGACCUUCUUCCAGCACAGGAAUGUGGACACUCUGAUUGUCGACGUGUUUCCAGUGUUGGACACUCCAGCCAAACAGCUGAUCUGGCAAUUCAUCUACCAGCUCCUGACGUACGACGAGCAGGAGCGUUGCCAGGGGAAACUGUCACGCUUCCUGGGCUUCAAGAGCAGCGCCGUUUUGGAGCCUGGCGUCAGCCCGGAGCAGCUCCACCGGCGGAGCAGCUCCAUGAGGGUCUCGGGGUCGUCGUUCCGCAACCCGAUCCGAGAGAGGAGCGCUGACGACUGCAUCAUCGGGACUCACCUGGGAAUGGGAAUACAUGUGGAUGAAUCCGGGAGCCCGGAGGAGAGGCAGUCAGGAGACGGGACCUCCUUCCCCGAGUCCCCUGACCUCAACCAUAUGACAGGUGUUUACACGGAGCUGGAGAACGUUUACGCAGGAAAGAGUGUGUCGGCGCUGCAGGGCUCCUCAGGAGAGCCCGAGGGCCCGGGACAGACCGAGGCCUACGGGCGCCCGCUCUCCCCCCUCACACUCCCCCCUCUCAAAGGUAACCGUAAAUCCGGCCUCUCCCUGUCCUGGAAGGAGCCUCUCCCCACUCCGGUGUACGAGAUCCACCACCAGAGCAGCGUGGACUCCAACCCCUACGUGUGUCUGGAGAGCCCCCCCGCCUCCCCUCACUCGGACGGAGGGCCGAACACGCUGACCCGCCGCAAGAAACUGUUCACGUUCUCACGUCCGCCUCGCAGCCGGGACACCGACAAGUUCCUGGACGCUCUGAGCGAGCAGCUGGGACACCGAGUCACUCUAGUGGACGACUUCGUACACGGGGAGAACGACUACGAAGAGAUAUAUGAAGGAGGUUGUCAUGGUUUCAGAAGAAGAGGGGUGUCUAUGAGUUUCCAGGAGGACCAGGAGGUGGGCUUCAUGCCCCGGCAGCUCAGCAGCGGCAGCAGUGAGGACCACAGCAGCUCCUCCCCCUCCUCCCCCUCCUACUCCUCCGGGUCAGAACCCAUCCCUCCUCCUCCCACCCAGAGCCCCCCGCCUCCUCCACCUUUCCAGGGUCUCAUCCCGCCCCCUGUGCAAUUCACCGACCCCCUUCCUCCAGUCCGAUUCUCCCCCGAACACGUCCCCCGCAGCCGGAUGCCCUUCCAGCCUCACCACCCCAUCAUCCCUCCCCCUCCUCCCCCUCUCAGGACCCUCCUCUCCAGCCGCUCCCCUAUCCACCACCGAGAGGAAGGGGAGACAUCUCACCAGCGCUUCCAGAACACCACGUCCACGUCCACGCGCCUCUCCCACGCUCACACCACCCUGCGCCCCUCUCAGCAUUCCCGCCCCUGCUACCUUCCCCGGCAGCACAGCCAACCCCAGCCCCUCCUCCAGCCCUCCCCCCUUCCCUCCCCCCUUCCCUCCCCCCAGCCCUCCCCCCAGCCGCUGAGACCCAGCCAGCUCGUCCUGCAGAGGCACCAUCAGCUCCACCACCAGCACAGCUACCAGGGCCCGCUGCCCCCCUCCCUCCACGACCACAGCUCCUCCUCUCAGAACCAAGGCCCCCCCUCCGGAUCCUCGCUGCUCUCCAAACCUCCAGCCUCCCACUCCACCCUCCCCACUCACAGCAAAACCUAUGAAACCCCUCAGGAGGAGCAGCAGUCGCAGCAGGCACCACCGCCCCCUCCUCCUCCUCUUCCUCCCCCCUGUGAGCCGCCUCCUCUUCCCAAACCGGGCCACGCCUCGGACACAAACCACAUGAGUGUGAAGCGUCUGCGCUGGGAGCAGGUGGAGAACUCUGAGGGGACCAUAUGGGGUCAGCUCGGAGAGGACUCGGACUAUGACAAGCUCACUGACAUGGUGAAGUAUUUGGAUCUUGAUCUGCACUUUGGGACUCAACGCCAAUCCAUGUCUCCUCCAGAGCCAGCCUUCCUGCCGGAGAACUUUAAAAAGAAAGACGUGGUGGAGAUUCUGUCUCAUAAGAAAGCCUACAACGCCUGUAAGUACCACAAAAACAUGGCCGCCGCAGGUCACUCCUGCAGGCUCAGGCGUCAGGUCUCUGACACAACGGGGAAAUAGACAGAUUUAACCAGGGAUAGUCGUUUGAAGUGUGAGGUUCUUGUCCACAAAAGGAAUCAGAAAUUAUGUAUUUAUUUGGGGGAAAAGUGAGUUUUGUGACGGUUGUUGCAUUUGAGAAUUAAAUAAAAUAAAUAUAUUUAUAUGAACAUAAGAAGUAAGAAUGUGCAAUAAAAAGUUAUAGAAAAAUGAAAUAUAAAGACGUGGUGGAAUAUAUAUGAAUGUAAAAUUAAUAAAACUGUAAUAAUAAUAAAAUCUUAUUAUCUAUACAUAUAUUUUUUAUUGAUUUAAUCUUAAUAAUAAUUUUGUAAUAAAAAUAAUAUUAUAACAAUACAAAUAAUAGUUAUAAUAAAAAAGUAUAUUAAUGCUGUAAUAAUAAUAACAACAAUAGUCAUAAUAAUAAUCAUAAAAAUAAUAAUAAUAAUACUGCAAUAAUAAUAUCUUAUUAUUUUAUUUGCACAUUCUUACUUCUUAUGAUUUAAUUUUUUUUUGUUAUUAUAUAUAUUUUAUUAUUUUUAAUUUACCUGCUGACCAGUUUUCCUCCAUCGACCUGAUGCACCUCUUCAAAACAUCUUUUAAUCCUGACACUGGUCCCAAGGUUAAAUCAUCUAUUUCUUUAGUCCUCGCUGGUUCUCAUAAACCAGGUCAUUUAUUUUCACACCACCAUCUCAAAGAAACACAGUUUACAAAACACUGAACACAAACUCAGACCCUGAACUCUCUGUGUGUCACUUCUGCUCACGGUCUCUCUAUACAAAGAGACUCAAGGCCAAUCCAAACCCAAUAAUGGCUUCCCUUUCUCAACGGGGGUUUACACACACUAUGCAAUCAUCAGACAGGAUUUGUCACACACAGCUUUUGUACUGAAGGCUGUACAGAAACGUAGGCAUGAUGUGGAUGAAGUCUAUGACCUGAUGUAAAGGACGUAACUGAUGCAAAGAACAGACAUAUUUUGUUAAUUAUUUCACGUGUUUAACUAUAAUUUCACUCAAUGCACUGUGCUGAAAAAAGAAGGUUGUUUACCAAUUUGUUUUCUUGACUGAAGCGUUUUUUAUUGCAUUAUUUUGUAGACCCCUGUUCUUCAAAUGUAACUUAAAUAAUUCAUCUUUAAAAUAAUCCUCAUCAAGCUAUUUUGGCUCGAUUGAUUUGUUGAUCCCAAUUGAAAUGAUCUUGAAAAGGCGCUCUUAUUUUGAAAUUUGCCGACUACUGAUCAUUAGUGAUGUGACGUUCGAGAACGAUCCGAUUCUUUUGAACAGCUCUUUGGUACGAACGAAGGGAACCAAGUCGUACUUGGUGAGAGCCGUUCUUUUUAUCGUUAGUUCACUGCCUGCCAUAAAUCCACUCGCCUUUACGGGAACUCGCUUUCCUGAGUGCAAAUGUUCCAUAGAUGAUGGCAUGCUGCUUGAGUAGUAGUUUGGCUGGCUGAGAGAUGUAGCAAGUUAUACAUUUUCUGUGAGUAAAAGUAGAUUUCUGGCAAUACAGUCAAUCAUUAUCCUGGUGAUUAUUUCGCAGAUAAACCUAUUAACCCCGCCCCCUUAAAAAAAACGGCUCUUUUGAACGGCUCUCGGAAAGGAACGGAGCCAUAAGAUCCGGCUCCCUUCAAAGAGCCGUAAUUCCCAUCACUACUGAUCAUGACAUUCCAGUUACAUGAGGUAGGUGUGUUGGGAAGCCUCCCAGCAUGCAUUGGGGCAAAAGAUGACUUAUGGUCUGUUUUCCUGUACUGUUACUGGGGUUAUUUCGGUGAUGCAGUGCUGCACAAUGUUCCACUUUCCUCACCGUUACCUGUUGAAUAUUACGUGAGAAUGUGGUCACACUAUGAGGGAUGUUGGUGCAUGACUAACCUUCCCAAUGAGCAUGAUUUUGGUUAUAUUUAUAAAGAUAUUAUGAAUAUUAAACCUUACUGAAAUCUCUUAAGAAUCAGCUUCACUACACACACAGUUGGAGUACAAAUUCCCAUUUUAAUGUCAAAUUAAAUGCCAUGUAUUCUGUCUCCGCUGGCCUUUUUGACAGUCUUUCAAUACUUGUUUUAAUGUAUUUCUGCUCAGUUUCUUACUUUGUUUUGUAUUGUUUAUGAUAUUACUGUAUAAUUAAACAUGUAUAAUUAAAGGUAAGAAGCCCUGAGAGGCAAGUCAAAAUAAAUGCUUAUUUUAGCAUUAAUAAGAACAUUGUGUUAUACUUUCUUAACCUGCCAAAACAAGUUCAUUAUUAACACAAUAUAUUAAACAAAUAUAAUAAAUACAAGAAGGCAUUUUUUUCCCACCUGCCUCUCAGGGCUUCCGUAGAACUCUUAUUGUGAAAAACAAUUGUGAUAUUACAGCAACAGAUCAUAAUUAUUUCUCAAUAACCUGCAUGUUCUCAUCUAAAAUCCUAAUAAAAGGCGCUUUCACACCAAGUACUUUUCCCAGGAAUAAUUCCUGAACUAUCUAGUAGAUCGCGUUCACACCGGAAUAAGUCCCUGAUGGAGGAUUACGCAAAUGAAGUCGCUGACGUCACUUCUUCUUCUUCUGCUUUGGGUUUACUGGCAGGACGCAAACAACUUCACGGCGUAUACUGCCACCCGAAGUCCCGGAGCCCCCCGGAGUAAAUCGCCAGAAGCGCCGACACCUCCUCAUCUCCACCGCUCCCACGUUUUAUUUUGUGUUGCCAUAAGUUAGUCUCUCUCCGUUGGUGCGCUGGGCUAAUGCUAAUGCUAAUAAUGCUAAUGCGAGCAAAUAAAAUGGCGGCUUUUUACGGGGCGUGAUUUGCAGUUCGCCCAGCCAAUCAGAAAUUGGAACCUUUUCUUCUCCCCAUGAAAGUACCACCUCUAUAGCAGGGACUGAAAAGGGGUGAAAAGGUUCGCAAAAAGUUCUAGUUCCAGAUCUUUUUGGUGUGAACGCAAAAUCCCAAGAACUAUCGGUACUAUUCCUGGGAAAAGUACUCCGGUGUGAAAGCGCCUAAUAUCAACUCUCUUUCAUUAUACAUCUAAGAAAGAGUGCCAUGUGCAUCUGAAAAUGUAUAAAUGUACAGUCUGCAGUACAUUAUCAUGCUUCAGCUGUUUGUUUUUUUAAAUAUCUCUUGUUUGUGAAACUUAUUGACCUGCUGUAUCGUGUAGUUUCUUGUUCUACUGUAAAAUGUCUUUCUUGCUGCUAUCUUUUUAAUUCCACAUUGAUAACUGUGAUACCCUGACUUCUUCUCUUUCUUCUUCUUCUAUUUGUUAUUAGAGAAUAAAUUAAUUUCUCUUGAUAAAAA